CUGCACAAAGAAAGCUGAAACCGUCUCUCAACAUGCCCCCCUUUGGAUUCAUCAUCAAUACGGGUCUUCUCAAAUCGAUACGAGAAAACGCGAUCGGCGUCGCCUUGGCUCUGGUCGCGAUUCUAAUUUCUGGGAUCUACAUUUUCAGGAGGAGCAGAUCAAGAGGCUGCUUGGACCCCAAGAAGUUCAAGGAAUUCAGACUCGUCAAGAAGACCCAGAUCAGCCCUAACUCAGCAAGAUUCAGAUUCGCUCUUCCCACGCCCACUUCGGUCUUGGGACUUCCUGUGGGACAACACAUAGUUUGCAGAGGGAAGGAUAGAGACGGCGAAGAAGUUAUCAGGCCGUACACUCCCAUCACUCUGGACUCAGAUCUUGGUUACUUCGAAUUGGUUGUGAAGAUGUACCCAAAAGGAAGGAUGUCUCACCAUUUCAGAGAGAUGCGUGAAGGUGACUACCUUCCUGUCAAAGGACCCAAGGGACGAUUCAAGUAUAAGCCCGGUCAAGCUCGUGCGUUCGGGAUGCUCGCCGGAGGCUCUGGCAUCACCCCCAUGUUUCAGCUUAUUCACGCGAUCCUGGAAAACCCAAAAGACAAAACAAAAGCGCACCUCAUAUACGCCAAUGUUACCGUCAACGACAUACUCUUGAAGGAAGACUUAGACACCUUCGCCAAGAAAUUUCCCGACCGUUUCCAAGUGUACUAUGUUCUUAGUCAGCCUCAUGAGAAUUGGAAUGGUGGAGUCGGGUACAUAUCGAAGGAGAUGAUCCGAACCCGCUGCCCACCACCAGCUUCUGAUAUACGGAUACUAAGGUGUGGUCCUCCGCCCAUGAACAAGGCAAUGGCUGCUCAUCUCAACGAGCUUGGUUACACGCAAGAUAUGCAGUUCGAGUUCUAAUCGGGCGAAUUCCUCCGUAUAAUUAUUCGAGU